UUAUCAGUAAUAUAACUAACUCAGAAGUUAAUCUGUCGCUGUUACAGAGAGACGUUUGUCGAUACUCGUGCAACAUUUCAAUCUCCGACCAAAAAAAAUGGCACUUGUAGGAAAAUGGGAGUAUGUUUCGGCGGACAACUUGGACGGCUAUAUGGAGGCUGCAGCGGUACCUGAAAACUUAAGAGAGGUAGCAAAGAAAAGCAUCCCUACUUUAGAAAUUUCAAACGCUGGUGACUCGUGGACAAUCAAGACCACAGUGAGUGACAAGGUCAAGGACACAACGUUCAAGGUCGGAGAGGAGUUCGAUAGCGUCUCAUUAACAGGACAGCCGCUUAAAUGUACGGUUGCCAUGGAGGGCGAGAAAAUGGUAGAGACACAGAAAGCUGGCGACGUUUCCGUGAUUGUUACACGAGAAAAAGUUGGCGAUCAGCUGAUCUCGACGAUGACCCUUGGAGGACAGACAGCCACAAUCACAUUCAAGUCAGCAUAAUAAAGUGUUUCUAUAGCAACAUAGUGCAGUAUUUAAAAACAUUUCCGGUUAAUAUUUUGCAGGUUUUCAUUUUGCUUUGUUUGAUAAAUAAAAAUAACUAUAAAAAAAG